GCCUCACACCGUCGCUUCGGUGCUCGCUUCCCCGGUACGUCGCUGACGGAAGUGGCGUCACUUCCGUCUCCCGCCGCCUGCCGGGCGCGGGGCGGAGCGGCGCGGGUGUUCCGGUGGCGGAGCGGAGCGGCCCCGCCGCCAUGUCCACAUCGCUGGGCUCCAACACCUACAACCGGCAGAACUGGGAGGACGCGGACUUCCCCAUCCUGUGCCAGACAUGCCUUGGAGAAAACCCAUAUAUCCGAAUGACCAAAGAAAAAUAUGGAAAAGAAUGCAAGAUUUGUGCCAGGCCUUUCACAGUGUUUCGCUGGUGCCCUGGUGUUCGUAUGCGUUUCAAGAAAACAGAAGUAUGCCAGACAUGCAGCAAGCUGAAGAAUGUCUGUCAGACCUGCCUGCUUGACCUGGAAUAUGGUUUGCCUAUUCAAGUCCGGGAUGCAGGACUCUCCCUCAAGGACGAAAUGCCCAAGUCUGACGUUAAUAAAGAGUAUUACACCCAGAACAUGGAACGAGAGAUAUCUAAUUCUGACGGCACUAGACCAGUUGGUGCACUAGGAAAAGCUACUUCUACCAGCGACAUGCUGCUGAAGCUGGCUCGGACCACUCCUUACUAUAAACGUAACCGUCCUCACAUCUGUUCCUUCUGGGUAAAGGGAGAAUGCAAGAGAGGAGAAGAGUGUCCCUACAGGCAUGAGAAGCCUACAGAUCCAGACGAUCCUCUGGCUGAUCAGAACAUCAAAGAUCGUUACUACGGAAUUAAUGAUCCUGUGGCUGAUAAACUUCUGAAACGAGCAUCAACCAUGCCUCGUCUAGACCCCCCUGAUGACAAGACUAUUACUACCCUCUAUGUUGGAGGGCUUGGAGAUACUAUCUCUGAAUCAGAUCUCAGAAAUCACUUCUACCAGUUUGGGGAGAUUCGGACGAUAACUGUGGUGCAGAGGCAGCAGUGCGCGUUCAUCCAGUUUGCCACCCGGCAGGCUGCGGAGGUGGCUGCUGAGAAAUCCUUCAACAAACUCAUCGUCAACGGUCGCAGGCUGAAUGUCAAAUGGGGAAGGUCCCAGGCAGCAAGAGGAAAAGAAAAGGACAAGGAAGGUACUACAGAAUCUGGGAUAAAGCUGGAGCCAGUUCCAGGGCUUCCUGGAGCUCUCCCCCCUCCUCCAGCUGCAGAAGAGGAGGCUUCUGCAAAUUACUUCAACCUACCUCCAAGCGGCCCUCCAGCCGUGGUUAACAUCGCUUUGCCACCUCCUCCUGGCAUCGCUCCGCCACCACCUCCAGGUUUUGGACCACACAUGUUCCACGCUAUGGGGCCUCCACCUCCAUUCAUGAGAGCCCCAGGCCCCAUCCACUACCCAUCCCAGGAUCCCCAGAGGAUGGGUGCCCACGCAGGGAAGCACAGCAGCCCCUAGCACGUCCUGCUGCCCUCGUCUUUUCAGUAAAUGUUAUUUUAUAGUUACCAUGGUAGCACCAUUUGUUGAGCUGUGGGUGAGCUAGCGAAGCCUUAUUUCCCUGCUUGAAGACACUGGGCGAGCUGAGCUCCGUGUCUCCACUGGCUGCUGGGAUGGUUGAUACAUCCCAGGUCUUUCAUUUAGUGCAGGGGGGUGGGGGGGCGGGGGGCAGACGGAGCAGGGCUGUCGGGGUUCUGUGGAUCAGGUGUACCAGAAUUACAGUGCUAGCCAUGUAUCCCCUUGGCACACUUUUGAAAUAAACUUCUGGAAAAACAAAAGCAAACCCUUUCCAAGCCCAUUUGAUAUCCUCAGUCUGAACACUAUGGACUGUUCAAAUGUAACCAGAGGCUCUUUCUGUGUCAGGUAAUGGCUUCUUAUUUUAAUGAGCUAUUAAACCAGGACUCAAUAAGAGCUGAAAAGCAAGCUUAUCAGAGGUGCCAGACCCAUGGCUUUGCCCUUCUAUUGCCACAGAAUUUUCCUCCUUCCCUUUUCCUGUCUUUCUGCUUAAAAACCGAAAACCAAAACCUUUUUUGAUGCUUCAUUUCUAAUCUUGCCCAUCCUGAGCCAGAUCAGCGUUGGGUCAUGCAAGCAGCCCCUGGGGGGCGUGGAUGUGACAUGGAGCUGCAGGUUGGCGGUUGCCUGGUUUUGGUGGUUGCCUGGUUUCAGAAGUUGCCAGUUCUGGACUGGUGACAGUCCCCCCAGUGGCCCCCAUAGCCUGCAGUGCUGACAGCUGCGGGGGGGAGGACACAGUGCAGGUGCAAAAGCUUGUCCUGGGGAUAUUUGGAGCAUGUCUGGGGCUUUUGAGGCCAGUGGAUACAAUCUCUUUAACUGUGAGAUGGAUCUCAUUCUGUCCUACUUUGGUAAGAUGUGAAACAUUGUUUUUCCCUGUGCUCCAGCUCUAGUGUUUGUCCAAGAGCGACUGUGUCCUGCAUGGAGCCUGCCAUUGAAUAAGAUGUGCGUGCACGUGGCUGGAGGAUUUUAAGUUUAUCUGUUGUGUCAGCUGCUUUCGUAUCUUGGAUCUGUAGACACCUUUCUGUAAAGCAAAACAUGAUUGGACCUGUUCCGAAGCUUCGUUUGCUUGUUUUAAAAAAACAUACAUUAAAAUAUUUGAAUUUUUCAACA